AUGCAGCUUCAUAUCCAUCCUAUAAUCAUUAUUGCUUCAUUCUUCUGCCUCGCAGUGUUUAGCGCACCGAUAUCAAAUGUUCCAUCCUCUGUCCCAGUGGUAUCCAACUGGUCUUUCGGCCAGAGAAAUCCUUAUACCGAGCUUGGAUUUGGAACGUUGAUACCCCGGGAAGGCAGAAACAUUGACGCGACCAGAAGUAGCAGGGCAGAGUCAAACUCCGCGCAAGCCUCCGGCCGUUACAAUCUCCCACAUCUGCGCGACCUUAAAUCGGCGCCCCCUCAUGAUGAUGUCAAAGGGAUACAAACGCAGUCUAUAUCCUUUGGCAGAGGACAAGAGCGGCCAUAUACUAGGCGAUACGAGUCGAUCACAGUCGACGCUGACGCUUUUCACAAUCUUAAAUUCGGUGGAGGAGGUACUUCAGGAUCAAUUGCGGAGCCGAGCACCGUUCUCAACGAUUCCGACUGGCGAGGUGAGGCAGGAGAUACUUCAGGGUCGUCUGCGGGCUCGAGCACCGUCACCACUGAGUGGGAAGCAAGCAGUGGUCAAGUUGCUUCUCAUAAUCAAAUGCGUUGA